CCCACAUAUAAUUUGGGCCUUUAGAUUCGAUACCACAUACAUCGUCAAUCCAUUUUGUCUUUCAUUAUUCAUCAUCUUCCCAUACCUCAGCUUCAGGUUCUGUACUGUAAGGUAAUUCCGUUUUCCAGUCCGCCAUGGCUAUAGCUACUCCCGAGCUUAAUUACUUCAAAUUUUCAAACUCAUGUUCUCGAAAUUCUACUGCAUCUGUCAUCCGUCCUCGACGGUUUUGUUUACCCCCAUGCCGGCGCGCCCUGGAAUUAAAAUCCGCUGUCUCCGUCGCAUUUCCCGCGCCCACCGCCUCUGACUGCAACGGUGGACAAUCGAAAUUGUUGCUCGAAGUAAAAGACCUAUCCGCCGUCAUCUCCAAGUCAAAACAACAGAUUCUAAAAGGAGUUAACCUAACGGUUCGCGAGGGAGAGGUCCAUGCUGUGAUGGGAAAGAAUGGUUCGGGAAAGAGCACAUUUGCAAAGGUCCUUGCUGGGCAUCCAGAUUAUGAAAUUACGAAUGGAAGUGUGACAUUUAAAGGCGAUAAUUUGAUCAAGAUGGAACCAGAGAAAAGGUCUCUAUCUGGUAUUUUCAUGAGCUUUCAGACUCCAGUUGAGAUUCCAGGUGUGAGUAAUAUAGAUUUUCUGAACAUGGCAUACAAUGCCAAGAGAAAGAAACUUGGACAGGAAGAACUUGGACCAAUUGAGUUCUAUGGAUAUAUUGCCCCAAAACUUGAACUUGUGAACAUGAAGGUAGACUUCUUGAACAGGAAUGUAAAUGAAGGGUUCAGCGGUGGAGAAAAGAAGCGAAAUGAGAUUUUACAAUUAGCGGUCCUUGGAGCAGACUUGGCUAUAUUGGAUGAAAUUGAUUCUGGCUUAGAUGUUGAUGCCCUUCGAGAUGUUGCAAAUGCAGUAAACCGGUUAUUAUCCCCCACGAAUUCAGUGGUGAUGAUUACUCAUUAUCUGCGACUGUUGGAGUUUAUUAAGCCAACCUUCAUCCAUGUCAUGGAGGACGGUAGAAUUGUGAAGACUGGAGAUAUUUCUAUAGCUGAAGUUCUCGAGAAAGAAGGAUACAAAGCAAUCUCAAGCGCAUAGUUUCACUUAUCCUUUUCUCAAUGAAAUUCUUUUUCCAGGGCGAACCCACCUCACUCAACUAGUUGAGACUUGAGAGGUUCAGUGUUCAAAUCGGCCCGUCACCAUGUAGAGAGAAAAGGAAGAUAAAGGCGGCCUAUAUUGGCUAUAUAUAUCCACUUACAAAUUACAAUGAAUGUGUUAUAUUAUAUAAUAAUUCAAUUUUGUAAUCUUAUUAUUAAAUACUCUAUGGUUUUUAAGAAAAAUUAGAUGAUUCAUUACAAAAACUAAUACUUC